AGUUCCGCCGGAAGUGGCCUGUCGGCUGAGGCCGAGCGUUUUCGGCCAUCUCCGGCACCCCCAGAGGGCGGGUCCUAGAGUCUUCGAAAACCUUGGAGGUAGCAAUUUAAGAAAUACCGGUUUUAUUAAUUGAUUUCCAAGCGCAAAGAAAGGCCAACGGAUAAAUUGUGGGCCAUUAAUUCAGAGCCUUUGCUUUUUACUUUGAAGAAUCUUAACGUACUUUGACCUUUAACCUGCGGCCGGGGGCCUCGGAGAGAAACGCCUCCGUUUCUAUAUAAGGGAUUUCCGGCCUUUUGCGGCCCUUUUUUCCUCUUUGCGCUGGGCACUCACCGGUUGCGCGCCUCUUUUUCUUGACUGCCUCCCAGUUCUAGAUUAGCCGUUGCCAUGGGUUUUGGAGACUUGAAAAGCCCCGCUGGCCUCCAGGUGCUCAACGACUACUUGGCGGACAAGAGUUACAUAGAGGGGUAUGUGCCAUCACAAGCAGAUGUGGCAGUAUUUGAAGCCGUCUCCGGCCCACCACCUGCCGACUUGUGUCAUGCCCUCCGUUGGUAUAAUCACAUCAAAUCUUAUGAGAAGGAAAAGGCCAGCCUGCCAGGAGUGAAGAAAGCUUUGGGCAAGUAUGGCCCUGCUAAUGUGGAAGACACCACAGAAAGUGGAGCUACAGAUAGUAAAGAUGAUGAUGACAUUGAUCUCUUUGGAUCUGAUGAUGAGGAGGAAAGUGAAGAAGCCAAGAGGCUAAGAGAAGAACGCCUUGCCCAGUAUGAGUCAAAGAAAGCCAAAAAACCAGCGCUUAUCGCCAAGUCUUCCAUCUUAUUAGACGUGAAACCUUGGGAUGAUGAGACCGAUAUGGCAAAACUAGAGGAGUGUGUCAGAAGCAUUCAAGCAGACGGCUUGGUCUGGGGCUCUUCUAAACUAGUUCCAGUUGGGUAUGGCAUUAAAAAACUUCAAAUACAGUGUGUAGUUGAAGACGACAAAGUUGGGACAGACAUGCUGGAGGAGCAGAUCACUGCUUUCGAUGAGUAUGUACAGUCUAUGGAUGUGGCUGCGUUCAACAAGAUCUAACAUCUAUCAUGGAUCAGUGCCCUUAAAUAAAAGUUUGAAAGACAA